GCUGACGCAGAGCCCAUAAAGGGAAAGGGAGCGCGAGACCCAGGGAGAAGGGUGCAGUUUCAGAAGAGAAGAGAUGGCGGUGGAUUUAGCCAAAGUGGGAGCCAACACGCUGAAGCAUGCAGUCAGUGGGGAGGUGGUGGAGCUGAGGAGCAUUUGGAGAGACUGUCCUUGCGUGGUGCUGUUCUUGCGCCGCCUCGGGUGCCAGGUGUGCCGCUGGAUUGCCAAGGAAACCAGCAAGCUGAGAGAGGUGCUGGAGAGUAACGGUGUCCGCUUAAUAGGUGUUGCGCCAGAAAGCCUAGGCCUGCAGGAGUUCCUGGAGGGAAAUUACUUUGCGGGAGAACUCUAUCUGGAUGAAACCAAACAGUGCUACCAAGAUCUCGGGUUCAAAAGGUACAAUGCCUUAAGUAUAGUCCCUGCAGCUCUGGGGAAGCCUGUCCGACAGGUCAUCACAAAGGCAAACGCCGCCGGGAUUCAAGGCAACUUUUCUGGAGAUCUUCUGCAGAGCGGUGGGACACUGAUAGUUGGCCGAGGAGGGGAGAAUCUGCUUUUGUAUUCUGCUCAGGAGUCCCCCGGUGACUACCUUCCCUUGGAGUCUAUCGUCACUGCCCUUGGCAUCUCUGCAAAUGUAGAAGAGGGAGCAAAACCUCAGUGCACCAGCGAGGCCUGUAGCAGAUGAAGAAGAAAGCGACCAAACUGCUAAGAGCCUCUUGUUCUCCUCCCCGUCUCCCCUUUUCACAUUUCAGAUGAAAACCAAGCUGUUUGUCAUAGUAGAGUGAUGAUGUUCUGUCCUGUUUUGUUAAUCUGCCCGACGAAGAAUGAAUAAACUUGUUACCAAUUGGUUA